AUGGAGAGACCAUUGAAAAGACGGCUGUCUCUGUCGCCAGAGCCCGAGAACGAGAGCGAGGACGAUAUGAGUCACGUUGAUUUACAGGCUGCACGUGCUCAAAACGACCUGCGACUGAAAUCCAUCUUCGAGGGGAUCUUUGAAAAGUACGGUCGGGAUUUUACAGAUGUCGGUGACGAGAUCGAUCUUCAGACGGGGGACAUACUUGUGAACAAUGGGCAUCUUCACACGAUUGAUGGGGAGGACAACGCUGCGACCAUUGAGGACUGGCUAUUGGAACCGGAUCCAUCGGCCGCGGGCAUGGAAGAGGAGAAUUCCAGACACCAUCACACGCAGAGAACCGACGACAGUGAUUUGGAUCAGCAAUCUGGGCGCGGAGCGGUAUCCAGACUAUCACAAAUGCUACUCGAGCCCAAAAAGUCGCAGCAAACGCCGGACGACAAGGCAAGCACGACGUCGGAGGCUGAAGACGAUGACACGUCCAGUGUGGAUUCUUUGUUAGAUACCGCGCUAUGUGUUCAGGGCACCCACGCCCGGGAACUCGGGACGGGCGAGACUGUCACCAAAAAAGCAAAUACUCGCGCCGCCGAAGAAUCCAACCAAUCUGAGGUCGAACAUAAUGAGAGACUCGAUGAGGCUGUGGAUCCGAUUUGGCGCGUUCCUGAGAUCAGUCCAAAGUGGACAACCCCAACUAUGCUGAACAAAUCUAUACCGAGACCGAUUGUCACUACCAUCCGCACCCAGUCUCCACCUGGAGCGGGUUCCCUCUGGGCUCUCCCCUCGCAGCCCAGACGUAACACUGAUGUUGCGAGAAGAAGAAAACAAAAGGACAGCCCGAAAAAGCGGAAGAAUAAACCCCCCAAGCCUGUUGCCUGCGACUGGUCAUUUGCAGAUACCCCAGAUGGAAGUGAGUCCGACGAUCCGUUACAGGACUACGAGCCAUCACCGACCCCGAAAGGUGCCGUAUACAUCAGAGAGAAGCGCAGGGACCCCUUCGUGGCAAGCCGUACGAAAAAUACGUGCAAUUACUGCAAAAGAUCAUUUACCGAAGGAGAGUAUGUCUCGCAUUUGCAAGCCACGCUUUCUGAUCCUGCAGACAGCGGACAUGACCUCAUCCACCUGAAAAAGGAGCUAGAGAUGAUCACUCAACGCAGUGGCCGUUCGAUAGAUUCACCGGCGCCUGGACUCAACUCGGAAGACGCCAACCACGAAUCAACUCCUACAGGAACUAAACGAAGGACUGUUAUAGCACCAGACGAAGCUAGGCUAAUCAUCCGAAUGAAGGUGACCGAGGGGAUGAAGUGGAAAGAUAUUCUGGACCACUUUCCUCAAAAAAAACUCGUUCAGCUGCACGAUUGGUUUGGUCGCCAUUGGAAUGAGCGCCACGCGAAUCCUCCUCAAUCAUCAAAGCCCUGGUCAAAAGCCGAGCUGGGAAAAUUAGCAAGAAUCAAGGACCAGUCAGAUCUCACUUGGCCUGGGAUCCGUGCUGAACUACCGGGAAGGUCGCACGCGGAGGUAGAAUUCAAAUUGUUGCAACUUUGGGCGAGUGGCGAUGGCGAAAGUACAUAG